AUGCAUACUGACCUUACAUUUACACUAGAGCUUGUGGAGGAGCUAGGCCGACUUAAAUUGGCGAAUGCGCUUGCAAAAGCAGUUGACAUUGAUACACAGGCCCCAGUUCGUGGCGGGCAACGUGGUGGGUCUCGUGGGGGUGGACAUCGUGGAGGUGGUCAAGCUGGUCGUAGCCGUACGACCGAGUCGGCUCCCAUCUACGAGGAAGGGAAUGAGGAGGGUGUAGAAGAGGCAUGGCUUGGCACUGAUUGGGUACUGUCUGAUGACGACGGCAGGACACCGCGAUGCACGCCUGGCGAUGGUGCUGGGCCAUCCCAUAGCGUCGAUCAUCAGGGCACUGUUCCAGCCCACACUACAUCCCAUGGUGCUAGCACGGACUUUGAGGGCCCUCCUCGUAUGUCGCCCCCAGUUUUCAGUGGAUCUGCCCAUGAUGGUGGAUGCAUAUUUGUCCCCACACCAGGCAUGCCCACCCCACCUCUAGUGCAUGUGGACCCCACCAUGUCAGCUCCAUCUCAAACCCCCCAUGGAGAGGCUGUACAGAUUGAGCAGAUACCGGCUGAGGACAUUGAGCCCGUGGAGGCUUUGCGGAGAUCGCGACGCCCGCGUGCGCAUGCUCCCGAUUGCGGGACCGGUGAUGGUAAGAUUAGACCUGUCAGGGCAUAUGGGCGGAAACGAAAAGAUCAUUAAAUGCCUUAGUGUAUGCUUAUACUUCCUGCCUAUAGGCCAUUGAGCUGGAUUGUCCUUGUGUGCUUAUUCUUCAUGUGUAUAGGUGACUGGAAUAAGCAUGCAAAAUGUUCUACUAAUUGGGGAGAAUCUUGGUGGCUGUGCAUCUAUUUCUGGAUCAUUGCUUGGGGAGAAUACUGGCUGUCAAUGUGUUUGUUGUCAAGAAAUUGAUAUUUUGGAGAAAACCCAUAAGGCGUAUUGUAUUUAUUGAUGUAUUAGGAAGUUUUUCUGCACUUGGAGUUUUGAUUGCAAUUUGACAAAUAUCUGGAUUGGUAUUCAUUUGAAGCCAAACUUUCUUGUGUUUUUGUAUGUUGUUAGCUACAGUAAAGUGGGUUGUAAGAGAGUAAUUUGUUUUUUUAUUU